UUGACUUACUCUUCAAUGCUCAAGUUUUUGCUGCCAAAAAGUUACAGUUAAGUUGCAGCUAUACCAUCCAGCUACUUCUGCUUGUAAUUGAAAGUAAAGCAUGAGUUAACCAAGAUUUGCCAAGUCUAUUGAGUCGCACCCUCUAGUCACCUUGACCAGAAAUGUUUCGUUUUCGAAAAAAUAACAAAAUACAAUCCUAUGUAAUUUGUUUAGUGAUCUUAAAACUUUUAACUUAGGUUGAACUUGUUGUCUCAUCCUUUUUGCGGUUUGUCUGCCGACAAUAUUACAUGUGUUACUUACUAUCAAGGUGUCGGGUAAACGGGCGGAGUAUGAGUCAUCCCUGUGGAUAUCUAUUAGUACAUCAUUCAGUUGACUAUUUCGAUUUCAUUGAUAAGAGUUAUCUCAGGGAAUCCCACGUAGAGUUGUGCUAGUCGUUUUUCUAUUUAAGUAGUGCUCUCGAUUGCUGAGAACCCGCAUUCAAUUUCGAAUCACCUUUAGACUUCUUCUAGAAAUCUGCGCAUAAUGUCUAAAUCAACUUUGCUGAAACAGAUGAGUUACGAAUGUCCUGGUCUUCACGGACCAGGAAGUCGUCAAGAUAUUACACGAAAGACCUUUCAAGAUGUCUUUGACCUUCUGGGUCAGUCUCAUCGGCUUGUGAUCCCUUUAUUUCAACGCCGCUAUUGUUGGUCAUAUGCUCAAAUUACGGGUUGGUGGCGGGAUACUUGCGCCGGAACACGAGAUCAUUUGGGUAUUCACAAUUCGGGCAAUGUUAUUAUGAAACUGAUUGGUACUGAGUGGAUUCUGAUUGACGGCCAGCAAAGAAUGACCACAACCUCACUUUUGGUAGCUUCUAUUCGAGACGCCCUGCUUGACAUCCGUGUCCAAGGACCCAAGGCCCAAGAGAGGUAUUCAAAGCUACUCAAGCGUUUGCAACGAGUGCUAUUCAUUGGCCUUGAACAUCAAGAUCAUCCACAUGGCAACACAGAGGACCGCAGAGAUCAACAAAAACAAGAGCUCGAGGAGGGUGAAAACUUGGCUUUCGCUCGUCUGGUUCCUUCCUACUCAGACAGAAAAUCCUAUUUUUCCCUCAUCGCCAAAGACCUCAUUCGUCAGCCUCCGUUCCAACCGACAAUUCCAUCCUCUUCAAGUGCCUCAACAAUAACAGGCACUUCUUUUGCUGAAAGCACAGACACUCCUUCCAAAGAGGAAGGAGAGCAAUUUACGGGAAAAGGUGGAAAUCAUCUACAAUCGGACAAUAUUUCCGUUCAGGCGAAAGCCAAAAACUACUUCGACUGUCAAGUACAGGCGCUGUUAAAACAGUACCGAAGUUCAAACCUGGAUCAACUCGGCGAGUUGGAGGAGAUGACAGAUUUAGCUUUGCUCAAGAUGGGAGUGACGAUGGUGAACGUUUUGAAUGACAUUAAUAUGGCCCAAGUCUUCUUGUGGUUACAGGAGAAGACACUCUUCGGAGCGAAUUCAUUCUUAUACAAUCCAAGCCCGGGCAUUGAAUUCAGUUCAUCAGAUUUAGUGAGAAAUUUGAUGAUGGCAUGUGUCAUGAAAAGAGACCUGUCGUUUCAAGAGGAAUUCUACCACGCCCAUUGGCUACAACCAAUUGAGCGGCAUGCGGCAAACCCAACGCCCCAGGACCUGACGAAGAAUAUCAUAGGGUUUAUUGAGCAUUUUUGGGCCAAGCAAAAGCACAGACAAACUUCAGACCUUGAAGAUAUGGUGUCUAAGCUUUGUAAACAUGUGCCUGAUCCCGCUAAACGGGAGAAUGUUUUUACCUAUGCCAAAUUCUGCUCAUUGUAUGAAUUUCAAGUGCAAUCCGAUCGAGAAGUUGGUGCGAGCCCUGUAAAGAAGGCAAAAGAAGAGUUGAUUGAGAUUGAUGAUAAAAUUCUGAUUGCAGCCUCCACAACGAUUUUAAAAGAUUUCAGCGAGUAUUUGCGCAAAGUUUAGGUUUCGUACGAAACCAACUUAAUUGUGAUGUAAAGAGAAAUUUUAAAGUAUAAGACGUUUAAAGGGUUUAAGGCUUAAUUUCACACCAAACAGUAAUGUAUAUCAUUUUCAUCUUGUUGUCUACACGAUCAAUAAAAGACCUGUGUAUUAUUA